UCGCAAAAGCUCGGCCAUGUCACUCAUGCUCUCUCCCAUGAAGAGGGUCCAGAGCUCGCCGAAUCUAGGCUCAGGGAGUGAAUGUCACUCAUCAGACUUGGAUAAUUGGCGGUCACGCAGCGCAACAGAUGGCUUCAAGAACGGAGACGCCAGCAGCUCAUCUCUUGCCGCCAAAGGCUUCCGCAGCGUCAGACCCAACCUGCAGGACAAAAAGUCCCCAACACAGGGGCCUCCCUACCCUGACCCAUCAGCACGCCACUCCCCCUAUCGCUGCCACAGCUCAGAGUCACUCGACUCCCUGCCAGGCCUAAUGCCCAAGGCUCUAUCGCCCUCCCCGUAUGUUCCCAGUGGAGCUGGUGCAGCCAGCAGGCCGGGCCUUCCCACAGUAAGCAGUACGAGUGGCUGGGUGUCAUCCUCGGCCUCCCCCGUGACGGUGUCAGCUCUCAGCCACUACUCGUCGUCCACGGCGGGUCUGCUGUACGAGCUGCACAUCUGUAGCCUGGACUCACCCGGCACCUCGGCCACGCCAUCGCCCACCCUCAGCCAUGUCUCUGCCUACACAUCCACUGCUGGCCCCGAUGAUGCGCUAACAGCCUUUGUGGCGUCCACUGCUGCAGCCGCCACUGUCACUAACGGCCAGGUCCUCUCUCACGCUAUGAAUGGAAGUGCUCCACAGAGGCCCCUCUCUCCUCUGUCCUACCCGGCUCCCCCCACCUCGCUCCACACCGGGCUCCACAGACAGAGCCGGAGUUCAGAGGGCAGCGAGUCGUUCACCACCGAGUCUGUGGUGCUGGGCCACAGCAGCCACAGCAGCAGCACGGUGCCCAUCGCUCGCUUCUCAGAGGAGGAGAAGAAGGUGUCCGUCAUCAAGGCGCCGCACUACGAAGGCAUCGGCCCCGUGGACGACUCCGGCAUCCCCAUCGCUAUCCGCACGACCGUGGAUAGGCCCAAGGAUUGGUACAAAACUAUGUUCAAACAGAUCCACAAGGUUCACAAAGCAGACGACGACUACUCUGACACAUACAAUGCGACAUACGCUGUCAUAAACAACGACGACUACAGCCUGUCGUCCAGCGCCACCAUGGCCCACCCCGCUCCCCGGACACACACGUACAGGCCACUCGCCAAAAGCCCCUCGGACAACGGAGGGCAGCCGGGCCCUCGCGAGCCUCCGCCGUCCCCUGUGGCCCCGCCCCCUCCGCCCAUGCCGUCUCUCCUCCAGCUGAGGGCCAGAGACAGCGAUCGGGAGAGAGACUCGCCCGACGCGAAUGAAUGGGGUCCUCCCAACAGGAAGGUGGACACACGGAAGUACCGCGCAGAGCCGAAGAGUAUUUUUGAGUAUGAGCCGGGAAAGUCCUCCAUUUUGGAGCACGAAAGACCGACAUCCCUGCACAUCGCUCCCGCUGACAAGGCUCCUGAGAGACCUGCGAGCGCCGCCAGCGACUACAGGAAGAGAAGGAAGUCCGAGCCGACAAGUUCCCAAGUGAGCGCUCAGCCUCAGAGCCUCAGAGCGCCGACCUUCCCCAAACCAGUGGAUGCCUACAGACCCAGCAGCAGCCUAAAGAAACCUGCGGUUCGUUCCUCACCAGCCUCGCCCUCCAGAGCCAAAGACCAGGAUGUCUCCCGGUGCUAUUCCACUGUGGAUGGACGCCACACCCCCCAGAGUAGAAGGCCUACUCCUGACAGAGAGGUCUCCCAUAAACAGAUGACACAACUUAUUCUGUUCUCUCUCCUCCAUCAGAAACAGCCUGCGAGGGCCAUUUAUGAUUUUAAGGCACAAACCGCGAAGGAGCUGACAUUUAAGAAGGGUGAUGCGGUGAACAUCAUCCGGCAGAUAGACAACAACUGGUAUGAAGGAGAGCACCGCGGACGGGUUGGCAUAUUACCCAUUUCCUAUGUGGAAAGGAUGCCGUCCUCAGAGAAGCAGCAGCCGAUUCGUCCUCCUCCUCCAGCGCACGUCAGAGAGAUCGGAGAGGGAGUCGCUCGCUACCACUUCAAUGCCGAUACCAACGUGGAGCUGUCACUGAGAAAGGGCGAGAGGGUGGUUGUGAUACGGCAGGUGGACCAGAACUGGUACGAGGGGAAGAUCCCAGACACGAGCAAGCAGGGCAUCUUUCCUGUGUCAUACAUCGACAUCGUCAAGCGCUCCCCGUCCAAGAGUUCCAGCCACCAUAUAGACCCACACGGUUACCCUGGCAACAGGACACCGAGCUCUACACCCACCAAGCGAUUGGUCCACGAUGCUCUCCACGGUGGAGGAGACCCGUACCAGGCCGUGUACAACUACAUGCCUCGCAACGAGGACGAGCUGGAGCUGAAGGAGGCCGACGUCGUGGACGUGAUGGAGAAGUGUGACGACGGCUGGUUUGUCGGGACGUCUCGGCGGAGCAAGUUGUUUGGAACCUUCCCAGGAAACUACGUGAAGCCGCUAUAAUGAUGAUUCCAGACCACCAACACCACCACCCCCCUGGCUCCGCCCCUUUCUGUGACACGUUCUUCGACCCCCCCCCCAGCACAGCACAGCACCCUGCAGGACGCCACCUCCCCAGAGACCCGUCGCACACUUUGCGUGGCUCGUCGGCUUCACACGGACACAACCUUUAGCUCUAACUAGCCAUCUUUAAUGGAAGACUUCUUUAAAAUAAUGUUGGUUUUUUUUGUUUUUUUUUAAUCUUAUUUUUCUAUCACGGAGAACCCAAACUGUGCGCUCCAGUCAAGCGACCUUUAACCCUUUGACUGGGAUGGAAGCACAUCGAAAGGAACUUUGCGAACAGUCAAAUGAUAGAAAACAGUGCAGUACGAUCACCACGGUCACCUCUUUCUUUUAUUACUUUUUUAUUUGUCUCACACUUAAAAACACACUUGUUACAUUUCAUUUCAGUGUUCAAUUACAAAUAUCCCCAAAGACCUGGAGUGCAGAGAAAGUUGUAGAACCAGUGUUCUGUCAUAUCCCGACUUGAGUUGAAGGGAUUGCAGCCGAUGUUUCAGGGAAAAGGAUGUUAAGGAAAAGAAUGUGCAUGCAUCAAUAUGUGUUACGCGUCGCCCGCUUGACAGGAAUUUUGGGGAUAUGAAAGAUCGUUAAUCAUUAUCACGCAGUCAUUUUCAAAUAUUACUAAUGGAAGAAGUGUGAAAAGUAUCAUUGGCUCUUGCACCUGCUGUCUAGACCUGACGUAAUAGUUUUUAAAGUAUAAGAUUUAGGAAACAAAAAGAAAGAUUUUCGACCUGUUGGUUUAUUCAUCUUCACGCCAGGUUUGAUGCACUUUAACGCAACAUUUUUUUUAAAAACACAAUUUGGUGUUUGCUUUGAUCUCAAAUGUUCACGUCCGAUUUGACACACCAGAUGUUCGACGUGCAAAGAGGCGACCAACCUUUUUUUUAGGUAUUAUAUUUAUUUAGAGGACGAGUGCUGGUCGCAACUGCGUUGCCAGACGAUGGUCAGAACUUUUCAAGGCGUGUUAUUUUCACCGUCCGGUAUCGAUGUCCAGAAAAGGUGCUGAGUGACAACACAACGGUUCACGGGGCUGUCGCGAUGUUUUUACGCCGAGUUAUUUAAGUCGGCUGCGGGAUAGGAGGACGUUUUUAUAUAAAACACUUUGCAGGUGUUCUUCUAGAACCGUCGCCGUCUUCACGUCAUACGCUGUUUAUUAUCGGCCCUUUUUUUUUUUUUUUUUUAGCUUGUCAUGCUCGGUGGAUAUGAUGUAUGUGUUUUUAUUGUUCUCAUGUUAUGUGUUUCACACGGACAACAAAACAAUUGUUAAAGCACCUUAAGAUAUAUUUUUUGUUUUAUCAUUCACCGUCCUUCACCUCACCCCCGUCAUCCACUAUUUCAGUUGGUGUGAGGACACCGUGUGUGUGUGUGUGUGUGUGUGUGUGUGUGUGUGUGUGUGUGUGUGUGUGUGUGUGUGUGUGUGUGCGUGCGUGCGUCUGGUGUUUUUGUAAGCCUUUUGUAUGAGAGCUGUAAAAUGGACAACAUCCACUUGCUUUAUAAAGUCAGCUUUUUUCUCACCCACCAUCAUAUUUGGUUUCCUCUCCUUCUUUCUUCACAUUCUUCAUCGGUGGUGCUAAUUUCCACUUUUUUUCAAAAAGUUAUUAUUUUAUUUGUUUUCUUCCUCCAGUUCUCCGUUGUUUUAAAAGCCAGCGACAUAUUUAGAAGUUACUGUAGUUGGUGAUUCGCUGCCUUACGUCCAACUCACUAAUUUACUAGCCACGUACGUAUAUGUAUAAACUUCUUCUGUGAUGCAACAACUUUAAUUUAUGCAUCUAUAGUGUAGAAAAGCAUCAGGAAGGUGUGCACAGAACACACACACAGUGACCCUCUGGUCUGCCUUUGAUACAACAUGAAGAACAGAUUGGGAUUGAAGACAUGGAUUUGACUCCUGCUAUGUUUAUACGUGUAAUGACAAAAUGUUAAUCUUAAUAUGUUAUUGGUGUUAAUAUCAAAUUCGAUGCACACUCUUGGACCUAGUAUCAUAAGUAUUUCUACAAUAUCUUAGCAUUUGUUGGAUGAUUUUAUG